AUGGCCCAGUCGCCGCCUUCGCAGAGCUUCCUCAGCCACGACCACUGGAUCUUCCCUCAAAGUUGGGGCUGGGCCGACCACUCGGAUUCCACGUCCCCGACCUCAUCCUCGGACUCGUCUGGUUCGUGUCCUUGCGACAGCACCGGCGGACCCUCACAGCCAGCAGCCCCGGACCAUAGCGCCUGCGCCACGGAGGCCACCCAGACGACGUCCCGACGUGCUGGCCCGGGGUCGGCGGGCGGGCAGCGGCAGAGCGCCAGCGAGCGCGAGAAGUUGCGCAUGCGCACACUCGCUCGCGCGCUGCAAGAGCUGCGCCGCUUUCUGCCACCAUCUGUGGCGCCCGCCGGCCAGAGCCUGACAAAGAUCGAGACGCUCCGCCUAGCCAUCCGCUACAUCGGCCACCUGUCGGCCGUGCUGGGCCUCAGUGAGGAGAGCUUGCAGCGCCGGCGCCGGCGGCUCAGCGACGCGGCACCCUCUCGAGGCUGUCCGCUCUGCUUCGACAGCGGCCCCGCGCAGGCGCAGACGCAGGGCCAGGGCUCGUCUGCGGGCGCCGGCGCCGGCGCCGAAGCCACCGAGUCCUGGGGGUCCCUGCCUGCCUGCCCUGGAGCCUUGGCAGUGCCCGAGCGCCUAGAGAGCCAGGUCCCUGACACGAAUCCCUGGGUGACACCCCCUUACAACCCCGGGAUGCAGUCAUCCCCGCAUCAGUCCCGAGGGGGAGACCCUGAGGCGUCUCUUUGGAUGUCGCUGCAAACCUGUCCUGGGACUCAGACAUCCCUGCAGCCCAGGAACCCGGCCGUUCCCUGCACGCUGCCUCUCGCACCUCCAGAGAUGGCUGCUAUGUACCAGGGUAUCUCUGUGUCUCCAGAGUCCUGUCUGCCACUGGGAACCCCACCUCUCUUACCCCACCCACCGUGCCAGAGGCUCCAGUCUCAGACCCAAUGGGGGUGUUGGAGCCACAGUGUAGAGGUGCUCCCUAGCUUUGAGGACCAGGCACCCGGCCCCACCGUCCAGCUCAGUGAAGCAAGUCCUCCCCAGAGCUCAGGCCUGCAGCUCAGUGGCUGCCCUGAGCUUUGGCAAGACAAUUUGGAGGGGGCUCAGCUGGGCAUGUACUAA